AUGUGGGGUGCGAGCCCGGGGUGGGCGGCCGAUGCGGAAAUGCUUCAAAGAACAUCAGAAGAUUUUUUUCCAAAGAUGGGAAGUUCAGUUGAAGAGAUGGAUACCUCCGAUACCCAGUGGGGCUGGUUUUAUUUGGCUGAGUGUGGUAAAUGGCAUAUGUUUCAGACUGAUUCAAACAGUCAUUGCUCUGUUAGCAGCGAAGAUAUUGAAAGGAGCUUCCGAACAAACCCACAUGGUUCUGUUUCUUUUACUACUGCAAAAUUUAACUACACGCUAGACUUUUCAGCGAUGAAACAAACCAACCUAACUACCCUUAAGCAGCGCCCAAUAAAGCGAGCUCCCUUUUCUAUCAGUGCUUUCAGUUUCAUCUGUGAAAAUGAGGCUAUCCCUAUGCCUUCACACUGGGAGAAUGUAAAUACUGAGGAGCCAUAUCAGCUUAUUCCAUUGCAAAAGAAAACAAAUGAAUAUAAUGAAGUUUCUAGUCUCUUUGGAAAAACAAUGGAUAGCCACCGAAUUAAAAGAAUUAAGAGAAUACAAAAUCUAGACUUGUGGGAGUUUUUUUGCAGGAAAAAAGCUCAGCUAAAGAAGAAGAGAGGGGUCCCAACUAUUAAUGAGCAGAUGUUAUUUCAUGGCACCAGUAAUGAAUUUGUAGAAGCAAUAUGUAUUCAUAACUUUGACUGGAGGAUAAAUGGGAUGCAUGCUGCUGUAUAUGGAAAAGGGACUUACUUCGCAAGAGAUGCGUCAUAUUCCAGUCGUUUCUGCAAAGAGGACAUGAAGCAUGGAGAUACUUUUCAAAUUCAUGGUGUGAAUCUGCAGCCUCAUUUGCAUAGACCAGAUAAAGUAAUGUUUCUUGCUCGUGUAUUAACUGGUGACUAUAUCAAUGGUGAUUCAAAGUACAUGAGGCCACCUUCAAAAGAUGGAAGUUUUGUGAACUUGUAUGACAGCUGUGUGGAUAAUACCUGGAACCCAAAGAUCUUUGUUAUCUUUGAUGCCAACCAAAUCUACCCUGAGUACUUAAUAGAAUUUUCUUAAGUUUGAAAGGAGCUGAACUGAAUAUUGUUUGUGU